AUGGCCCAGCAUGUGGUCUUCUGCCCUGCCCCCUCUCCAGGCCCCAGCUUUGCCAACCUGGCCCCUCCUCUCUCCCCAUGGGGGUCACGCUCCCCAAGCCUCUACUCUCUCUUUAUCCAUAACUGCCCCCUGUGUGGUGUAGAGUUUGAGGCCAGCCAGUGCCCAUUCCCUGCCUCCUAUGUCCCCUCACACUACACAGACCACAUGACCUUGAGACAGAGGAGUGCCAACUUCCUGUUGGCCCUGCUUGAGCCCCUGUCUUGCAGAUACCUGUACUCAGGAGUCAAUCCCAUCGCCUCAGAUGUCCUACAGAGGGAGACGACUGGUCCACAGCUGAUGAGCAAGACAUCAAUUUGGCUCAUGUGCUUUGAUUUCUCACCGCCAGCUGAGAAAGCUCAACAGUUCUUUGAUGUCUUCCGGCAGGUUCUUCAACGAGUUGUGUGGAGAUACAUUGGAGCUGUGCCUGAAAAUCCUCCAGAGAAUGUCAAGGUGAUAAGCUGGCUCCCCCAGAACGAUCUAUUGGGCCAUCCCACCGUCAAGGCCUUAAUCACACAUGGAGUGAUCCAUGGGAUCCACGAGGGGAUCUGCAACGGUGUGCCCAUAGUGAUGAUGCCCUUGUUUGGUGACCAGUGUGACAACGUGCAGCGCAUGGCAGCACAAGGCGUGGGAAAAGUCCUCAGUAUUAAUGAUGUGACCUCAGACAAAAUUCUGAAGGCCCUUAAUAAGAUAAUCAAUGACAAAACGUACAAGAAGAAGAUUACAAAGCUUUGGGCCGUGCAUAAGGACUGUCCUGUUAAUCCCUUUUACCUGGCGAUCUUCUGGACUGAGUAUAUUAAGAGGCACAAAGGAGCAGGUCAUGUGACGGCAGCAGCCCAUGAGUUGAACUGGAUUCAGUACCAUUGCCUGGAUCUCUUCACCUUGCUCAUCAUCUUAGUUAUAACUGUUGUCAUGGCAACGGUCAAACCCUCAGAUUCUGUUUUCACCAUUGCUGCUUUAAGAAGCUGGCGCACUGUGACCCACUUCCACCUGUCAUGA